AUGAGGAUGCUUUUGGUUCCUAGAACAAAUAUUGAGAAAGUGAAUGUUAAGCAACCAGAAGCUGAAGUAGAAGAAACACCCCCUAAUGUUGCCAAUGAGUUUAAUCCAAAUGAGAUUGUGCGUGAUCCAGGAUGUAGGAAACAAAUUCAUGAGUAUGCUCCGGAUAUUCAAGACCAACCGCCCGAAAGAGCCGAACACUUUGGUUAUGAAGUCUUCAACAAAGACGGUUUUAAAGAUUGGAAGCAUGCAUCUAAAGGCUUUAAAAAUCAUUUUGGUAGUCAUGAUAGUAAGCACAACUCAUGUAUGAAGCACUAUGACGAUUAUAAUAAUCAGAGACAAAGUGUGACUAGUAUCUUUGCUAGAGCAACUAGGAAAUCAGAAGAAUUAUAUAAGAUCCGUUUGACUUGUUCUUUAGAUUGUACUCGAUAUCUCAUAGCACAAGGCAUUACUUUCCGUGGCCAUGAUGAAAGCUCUACUUCUCUAAAUAAGGGAAAUUUUAGAGAGAUGGUGGAUUGGGUAAAAUCUAAUGAUGAAAAAGUGAGAGAUGCUUUUGAUCGUGGUCCAAAAACUUGCACAAUGACUUCCAGUGACAUUCAAAAGGAGCUUGCAACGUAUUGUGCACAUGAACUUACCAAGUUGAUUAUGGAAGAGCUUGGUGAUAGACAAUUCUCCUUGCUUAUUGACGAGUCACAUGAUAUAUCUGUCAAAGAACAAAUAGCAGUGAUGUUCUUGAACGACAAAGGGAAAGUUGUGGAACAAUUUAUUUCUCUACAUCAUGCCAAAUAUACUACAUCAGAGGCACUAAAGGAUGCUCUUUAUGGUAUUCUCGAUCGUCACACAUUAUCUAUUUCAAGGAUACGAGGGCAAGGAUAUGAUGGAGGUUCAAAUAUGAGAGGUGAGUUUAAUGGUUUACAAAGAAAGAUUCUAGAUGAAAACCCUUAUACUUUCUAUGUCCAUUGUUAUGCUCACCGUUUGCAAUUGGUGGUUGUGUCAAUUGCUAGUAGUUGCUCAUCUAUUCAUGAUUUCUUUGAACUUGCGAGUGGUGAGAUAUCUCAAGGAAAGGGCUUGCACCAAUCAUCUAGUCUCGCUAGACCCGGGGAUAUUAGAUGGGGUUCACAUUAUACUACCUUGAUUCGUUUGGAUAAGAUGCGAACCUCCGUGUUAGAGGUGCUUAGUAUUGAUGAAGAUGGAUGUGGACCAUCUCAAGCGGCGAGUUUGAUAGAAAAAAUGGAGAGCUUUAAAUUUGGUUUCAUUUUUAAGCUUAUGUUAAAGUUGUUUGAUAUCACAAAUGAACUUUCAAAAAUCUUGCAAACAAAAGAUCUUAAUAUUGUGCUUUCUAUGGAAUUAGUUGAUGAUGUUAAAGCUCGGUUGGCUACAUUGAGAGAGUGUGGUUAG